AUGCUUUCAAGAACAUCCCACGCCCUCGGACCUCUCCGCUCCCUCCCGAGAGCGCUCUCUCGCCCCCCCGCUGCGCUCCACCCUACGAGCUCGGCCCAGGCUCUGCGUACACCUGCUCCCUUCUCCCAUCCUUCUUCGCUUCCAAGGUCGUUCUCUUCGACUCCCUUGUGUAGACAGCAGCCUCACGCUCCCCAAUCCACACCCACCAUCUCUCAGGAUCUUUACGACGAAGUCGCCGAUCGCGACAUGGAGACUCUUCAUGAGAACCUCGAGAUCUUUUGCGAACAGUACGGCAAAGACGACUGGGAGGUCGAAUAUAGCUCCGGCGUCCUCAACCUCACCCUCCCCCCAUACGGCACCUACGUCCUGAACAAACAACCCCCCAACCUCCAAAUCUGGCUCUCCUCCCCCCUCUCCGGUCCUAAUCGAUUUGAAUUCCAACCAGCGUCCGUGGAAGAAGAAGAAGAGGGUGUCUGGGAGGGCGUUUGGGUGAGCUGUAGGGAUGGGGAGAGGUUGGGUGGGAUUGUGGAGAGGGAGUUGAGGGGGAUUUUGAAGGAGGUGGAGGGGCCGGAGGGGUGGGAGGGGGUGGGGAUGAAGUGA